UGGGCAAGGAUGAAGUGGGCACCACUUGUUCUCUUUCUGCAGGCCCGAACAUAGUCACCCGCACCAGUAUCAGAGGGAGGACUCUCGCAAAUUCAUGGCAGGUUACUCCCUUCUGCUGCCCAAUUCUUGCAUUCUAUCUCAUGUAGGUAGUAAAUCAAGAGCGCCACUGUCCUCUGCCGCACCCGCUCUGGGACUUGGGCUUGUGGGGACGCCUCCAUCGCACCACCAACUAAGGAAAAAGGCCUCUCCCUCUCUCCCACUUUGCCUUCAAGCCGGCGGCUAUGACGGUGUAGGGCAAGAGGAUGAUUAUUUCGUCGAAGAGUUAAAAGUCCCUCCAGAAUGGUUGGUGCCCUCCAAGGCAUUAGAGGAAUCCGAAUGGCUUAGAGUAACUCUGCACAAAUGGCUUGACGACGAGUACUGCCCCGAGGCUGCAAACGUAGAAAUAAGCAGAUGUGCUGCUCGUUCAUACCACGAUUCCCUCAUGGAGAAGCAAACCGACCUAGGGGAGAUUUUGCUUAAGAUGGUGAGCGACCUCGAGCGCAUCUCUUUCAGAGAAAGCUUCCACGGGGCCUUCUCCUCUGCGAACGCAGCUAUCAAUCUCAUCGGCGAAAGGAUAGAGCUGGUAAGGCGUCAAUAGACGUUGUGGCAGAUGAAGAAUCAAAAUGGUCGGGGAUGCUUGGUAACAUCAUGUGUCACAGAUUCCAAAUUUUGUGUUAACGCUUAGUUAUCGACGUCCUGUGCUGUGAAAAGUCUAUUUCCUGAUCUUUAUUUUA